GUGCCAGUAUCUUUUGAGGACGUGUCUGUGUACUUCACCAAGACAGAAUGGAAGCUUCUGGAUCUCAGACAAAGGAUGCUCUACAAGCGAGUGAUGCUGGAGAACUACCGCCACUUGGUGUCACUGGGGUUUUCAAGCAUCUGUUCCUUGCAUCAAGCCACAGAGAGCCCAGGACAUAGAGGCCCAGGACUUGGAGAAACGGGAAAGAGCUGGGGCAGGCUCCCCCACUGCGCCCCUGCCUUCGGGGUUGCAGGGGAUCCUUUUGUUCUGUUUCUUCUUUUAAACUCUACAGAUUCCACCUCAGUCAUCUAACCCCACAGAAGGAGACUAGCUUCUUCCCCUUGGUUGUUUUUGGCCCUUAUCAGGCAGAUCUGGGGUUCCCCAGGGAAGUUGUGGAUUCCUCAGUGGAGUCUGGCAUAAGGAACAGAGACAUCUACUGUGUUUGAUGGUGAAACAGGGGGCUUUGGCUUUCGGGACACAGGCAGCCCUUCAGCUCUGUCUGCUUCUUGAUACUCCCUGGGGCCUUGCUCCAACCCUCUGUUUGUCCUUCAGGGUCUCCACACUGAUCCCCCAUUUCCCACAGGCCAUCCCGUCCUGCAGGCCAAAUAAUAACAUCAUUAUCCUCUUGGGCUGAAUCACCACCUACUUAAGAUUCACCAUGUAUGCCUGGCCCCUGUACACUCAGAGCGCCUUUCAUCCUUAGAGGGACUCUGCCGUUUCUCUGGACCUUCCCAGUGGCACUUUCUAGAGAGUUCUUCAUUCUCUGUUCCUGAAGAUAUUAAUGCUGGACUGAGUCCAGGAGUGACUAACCUGCUUCCUUUCCAUGGACAGGGUUUUCAUCCUCCAAGCCUCACCUGGUCUCCCGGCUAGAGCGAGGAGAGGGGCCCUGGGUAGCAGACGUCCACAGGAUGGGGACCACCACAGGGAUGCAGGCAGGUGACAGGAUGAAGAGCAAACCGAUAAUUUCAAAGCAGAAAACUUGUUCAGAAGAACUCGCAGGGGCUGACCUUCAGGGUGGCAACAAGGGCCAGGUAGCCGGGCAGUCAGAGGAAACACUUGAGCACAGACGGAAACAUGCUUAUUGUCCACAGACAGCUUUCAGCAGGGGUGACCCUCCCAGGGAGAAAGGCCAAGGCAGCUCCCCAGGUGAGGAAAGAGAGAUACAGAGAAGUAGCUGCAGAGGUAGACAGGGUUUGGUUCUAAGGCAGCAGGGUUCCAAAGGUGCAGAGAAACAGUUCCUGUGUCAGCAGUGUGGGAAAUCCUUCAGCCGGAGCUCCAACCUCAUCAAGCACCGGAUCAUCCACAGUGGCGAGAAACCCUACGAGUGCGGCGAGUGCGGCAAACUCUUCCGGCGCAGCUUCGCGCUCCUGGAGCACCAGCGCAUCCACAGUGGUGAGAAGCCCUAUGUGUGCGGCGAGUGCGGGAAGACUUUCACACGCAGCUCCAACCUCAUCAAGCACCAGAUCAUCCACAGUGGUGAGAAGCCCUACGAGUGUGGCGAGUGCGGGAAACUCUUCCGGCGCAGCUUCGCGCUCCUUGAGCACCAGCGCAUCCACAGUGGCGAGCGGCCCUACACGUGCAGCGUGUGCAGCAAGGCCUUCAGCAGGAGCUCCAACCUCAUCGAGCACCAGCGCACACACAGCGGCGAGAAGCCCUACACGUGCAGCCAGUGCCUGAAAGCCUUCAAGGGCAUCUCCCAGCUCAUUCACCACCAGCGCAUCCACAGUGGGGAGAAGCCAUUCGAGUGCAAGGAGUGUGGGAAGGCCUUCCGGGGGCGCUCGGGCCUCAGCCAGCACCGGCGGGUGCACAGCGGCGAGAAGCCCUAUGAGUGCAGCGAGUGCGGGAAGACCUUCAGCCGGCGAUCCAACCUCUUCAAGCACCAGGUGGUGCACAGUGAGGAGAGACCCUACAAGUGUCAAGACUGCAGGAGGGCGUUCCGCAGCGGCUCCGUCCUCCUGGAGCACCGGCGCACCCACGGCAGCCUGCGGCCCAGCGCCUGCGGCCACUGCGGCCAGGCUUCCAAAGGGAAACCGCAGCUCGGCCGGAAGCCAAAAACUCACUGCAGAAGGAAGCUCUCGGAGGGAAGCAACUCAGAAAAGGCACCGGCCUGCCUGGCCCUCUGGAGAGCCACUGCGGAGCCCCGCCCCGAAGACGAGAAACUCCGUCCAGACUCCGCCCACGCCACUGCCCCCAGCUCCUUCUGACGGGGUGCACCGUGGGAGGGCUGGCUUUAAAAUGAGGCCCACGUUCCCCACCUCAACCCCCUCCCUUUGCUCGUUGAUGCUGCUGCAAUGGAAGCACCUAAUGCGCCGCAGGCAGACGGGCCCCUGUGCCCGUGCCAGCUCCUGUGCGGUGCGCACAGGCGUGUGUGUGCCGCCAAGGUGCACGCACGUUUGUAUUCCACCCUGGAGCCGCUGAAACUGCUCUUGCCCCAUGUGCCUGGGGCCUGAGUGCUGUGGGUGGGAGGGAGCGGGUGCCUUCAAUUAGGGAGGAGUGGGGGCCUUCACUUCACCCAAAGACUUGUUAGCGUUUCCAGGUAGAAGACACGAAAAGCACUUUAAUCCUUUAAUAGCUUAAUAGUGGGAGGGACCUGAGGGCAUUCACAAUUUGUGGGCUCCACAGCGAGGCUGUGGCUGGACUGUGACAUCACCUAAAAUUCAUCAAGAAAUGGUCUGCAAAAGGACUCAGGCAACUGCGCGUGCCCGCGUCGGCAGCCCCCGGAGAGUGGCAUCUCCUCGGCAGGAAGGCACAGGACAG